CUUAUUGAGGCACGAAGAGGGAGAGAAAGGAUCAACAGCCUCAGAUGUGAGUGGGAAGUGCACUCUGAAAGAGGCGUUGUGAGGACACACAGAGGGGCUUCAUUCUUCUCAAGCCUUCCGAACAACUAACUGUUAGCGGCUGUCCUAAAAAUCAGCCUGAUCCUAACUACCUUCAUCGGACUUUAAUCUGCUUCACUCCAUCUUGCCUUCAUUCCUCUAUGCAGACAUCUGUGGAAGUUUUGUGAAACAAAAAUCUUCCAUUUUUGUUUAAAAGAAUCCGUGCCAGGUCAUGCAGUGCUGAUUGUGUCAGAUCUGAUCUGAUCUCAGCCGAGCUGAGGUCUAGUGCCACGCUGAUGGAGCUCAAGGUGUGGGUGGACGGUGUGGUGCGGGUGGUGUGUGGCCUCUCUGAGGAGACGUCCUGUCAGGAUGUGGUCAUCGCUCUCGCGCAAGCCAUAGGCCAGACAGGCCGUUACGUCCUCAUCCAGAGACUAAGAGACACUGAGCGUCAGCUUUUGGCUACUGAGCGCCCUCUGGAGUCCCUGGCCAAGCUCGGGCAGCACAGUAAUGAGGUGCAGUUCUACCUUCGGCGCACCGGCCCCAGCAGCAACAGCAGCCAUGAGCGUGCACACUCUCUUCAUAAACCCUCCGAAACAGAACCCCCAAAACGCAACAUACCCAGAAAAUCCCUGACCUUCAGCCUGGGCCCUUCUUCUUCCCCACGCACCCGACCCAAACAGAACCGCAGGUCUACAAGUACCAAACUCCCACCUGAUUCCAGAGCAUCUCCAUUGCCUCAGACCUCCCAUCAGCCUAGUCUGUCUAGAGAGGAAGUGUUCCGGCAAGUUCUCCAGCAGCAGGAGCAACUGCAGGCACUGGAGGCCCAGCUGGAACUCCUGGAGGAGGAGACGCAGGCGUGGGAUCAGCAGGAGGAAUUGGCUGCUGCAGAGCAGGCACUGCUGGAAGAUGAGGAGCAGUGGGAGGAUGAGCUCAGGACUGAGAUGCAGCGUGAGCGUGCAAUGAGGAAGCAACUGGCUGAAUUACAUGCCAAGCUGGAUGAGUGUGGCACCAGCUUGAACAAUCUCACCACAAAGUCCACACAGCUUGAGCUGGACAUUCAGAGGGAAAGGCUUGACACUGAAGCGUUGUCCACACAGGCACACCCAGAAGACUCUGUAGAUGCUGUACAAGUGGAGCUCCAGAGUCAACAGAAACAAGGGGUAGAGCUGGAAUCUGAGCUGGUGGAGACUGAUAAAGCUCUGGGAAAAGCAGAAACUCUGCUACAGGCUAAACAGGAGCAGCUGGAUGAGCUGAAUAAGGAGCUGAGGCAAUGUAACCUGCAGCAGUUCAUCCAGCAGACCGGAGUGCUCCCAGCCCAGAACUCCUCUCGUACAGACCUCCAUCAGCAGCUGGACCAACAGGAGCUGGCUCAGCUAUUGCAGAACACAUCUAUAGACACUGACUCUCUACAGCGACCCACAGCUAAGCAGUUUCUUGGGCAUCCACGCAACCUGCAGCACCCCCUGGUGUCCAGCUUGAACCCUGAGGUCCUGACAUCCAGGGAGUCAUCUUGGAGGUAAAGCCUGAAGGGCCAAGGAUCUCUCCUAUUACACCUGUGUACUUAACCAGCUACUGCUCUAAUGGUCCUACUCAUCUCAUCAAUGUAACAAUAUUAUAUAUAUCUGCUGUAUAUACAAAUAUAUGUUUACAUUUUGUUACACUCCAAAAAACAUUUAUUUACUGUAAAAUAUUACCAGAAAGAUUUAUCUAGAGAACUAUUACAUUUAUGUAUUUAAGUCUAAUAAAGACAGUGUUGUGUGUUUAUAUA